CAGGUCAGGAAUCACGUGGUCUCAGAUAACUAUGGCACUCCUUAGUGGGAACUGUGAACAUGGUGAUUCACACCAAGACGAGAGUGUCUCGUAUUAUCCUCAGCUUCUUCCAUCAGAAGCUCGGAAGCAGCGGGUCGUACGUGAGAGACACAAGGCUUCCUUUAUCAAAUCUUGGCUUCCUGAACUCCGUGCCAAAUCUUCGCAGAGGUUGUGCUUGGCUUUACUUCUGUUCGUGUUGGAUCCUCGACCAAGUAUGGCAGCCCCGGUGCGAUCAUAUUCCUCGAAACCGCCAAGGUGGACAAAUCCAUGCGGGAUCCCAUCGGAUCCAAGUCUCAUUCACGACAUGAGGGAAGAGCACGACAUUGACCCUUCCACUGAUGCAGAAAUUCUAACUAAAAUCCUCCAGCAAGCCAAGAGAGUUCGUCUCUACAUGGAGGAAGUCCGAGAGCGAUACGUGUUCGAGACGUUUAACUUGGACUUCGACACGCAUCAUCAGUUGUGGAAGGACAGUCGGACGGACUGGCUUCCCAGUCACUCGAAAAUCCCCAAAGAACUCGGGGAAGUCACUCCUCAGGAACAUCUCCGUGGACUCCAGAUGCAGGGGUUCAUGAAGGCAGUUUACGAGUACUUCCAGCAGUAUUCCGUGGGAUUGGAGCAGUUUAUCCUGGAUCAGGCUAUGUAUGGGGGGCCUCAUCAGGAGAGUAUUCAAACCUUGGAAACGCAAGUAAUGCAGCUCCUUUGCGAACUCCAAGUGGGGAUGAUGGAGAAGGGGAUCAGGCCGAAUCCGGAUGUUCCCAGGGACGUCAUGUCCGAAGAAUUUCGGGAUAUCGAAGACGAGAGUCAACGGAAUCUCCGGGAUUGGAUUAUCUUUCGAGAUCUCAACAAUGCCGUGGAAUAUUCCAUCGAUGGCCUCAAUCAUCUGCUCCACGGAGGACCAUGAAGGAUCCUCAUGGAUCUUGCAUUUUUGAAACUGUCUCUCUCCUGCACUCUCUCUUUCGCUCACGUGCUCUUUCAUCAUACCUUGUGAUGUUCAGAGAGGAAGAGGUGAAAAAGGAAAGAAAAGGAAAAAUAAGGGAGAAAGCUGCUGGCAGCUGGAUGGGAAUCUGAAACUGAAUUCUGAAUCAGGGUCCCUUUCAAGUCUUCCCAUCUCACUCGGUUCCCUUCCAUCCCCACCUCCCCUUCCUCCUAAAUCCCAACCCACCACUCUUUUAAGGAGCUCUCCUAAACCAUUCAAAUCGACGCUUUGGAUCGGUUGUUUCCUCUGGUUGUGACUCUGGAAUUUCCUGGUAUAAGUUAUUAUAUCCACAUGGUACCUGUAGUUAGAAAUUUAUUUCUCAUAGCAGCAGCCUAAUGAGUGAUGGCUAGGGAGGCCUCCUUUAUCCUAGAGUACAUUCUUGUAGAAUUUCUAGAGGAAUGUUCUAGAAUAUUUGUGGUUGGUGGUCACCUCUGCGAUGACUCGAGCUAGUAAGGAAUCAGUGAAAUUGACCCUCAAUUUCUGCACAUGUAUUCCACCUCAUCAUUUAUCUGUAACUUCCAUCAGUUGGUUUUCUUUUCUCUCCAGAAAGCAUUUGGAACUUGUGUAGACAUGAAGGAAAUCUCUUGUCCUAAGUAUACACUGAAAAAGAUGUUGGCUUCCAGGAGUACCUGAGAGCUCAUCAGAGAAUGCCCAAGAACACAUCACGCUUCCAUGAAAGCGUCCGUAUGUGUUCUUUGAUGUGCUCCCAUUUGUCCCUGGAGACCAAAAUUUGUUAGAGUAGUGACUGAAAAGUAAUGCCAUUGUGGGUGAGCAUCAUUUUCCUGGAUUCAUGGCUUUUGUGAUACAAGUUGGAGUCGUUGAGGUCUAGACAAUCCUUUUUCUUUCAUCGCUACAAAAUUAAAGCAUAUGUUUUAUAAAUUUUCCCACAGCCCCUUUACCCCUAUGAGAGGAGUUCCAUGCCACUAUUCUCCUGCAGCAGCUUACCCCCUUCCCCUACAGGUUUUUAAGAUUAUUUUUGUUUUAAGCAUGUCGUUUCGUUCUUCUCAAUGGUUGAGAAGGUGGAUGUUACUUGGCCAAGGGGAAAAUGUGGGAUGGAUGGGAAUCGAGUGUCUCUCUUUCAACUGUGACCUCUGACCUCUGAGUGCGAGUCGAGCCAGACUCUCAUCUGGCUUGGCUGGAUGUUGAAAGCAUUUACUAUAUGCCUCUAUGGACCAUGGUACUGUACUCUACACUUCUCUCUCUAUCACGAAGUGAAUGUACUGUACUUUUGAUGUGACACUCUAUCUCCACUCUUUAGAUCUGAAGUUUACUCUCUCUCUCUCUCUCACUCUCACUCUCACUCACACUCAUCCCCCAACCUCUCUUCCAUGAUCAUGAGAAAUAGAUCCUAUUGCAUGAUGAGACAGUAGGAUGAAUCUCUUGAGAUGUAUGGCAACCAUGCAUUUCCUCUAUUCUCUUUUCUCCUCUUUUGCAUCUCCUAGACAUGGGGAAACAAUUCUCUUCCUCUUACUCUCUCCCUUAUGAACCAAAGAUAAUUAUACAAAUGAUCAGGUGAUGAGAACCCAGGUGGACAUGAGUGUGGGGAUGAAGGCUAGAAGUGACUCAUACGCUUUUCUUCCCUUCUCCUUCUAUCUGUCAUCCUGUUCAUUCAUGCUCAUUCCACCUGGAUUCCCACUUUCUUUGAUUUUUUUCUAUUGUUUUUCUUUCAUGCCAAAACCUCCCUUUUCCAGGGCUGGUUUAUUUGACAUCCUUCCUCCUCUCGCUUCUGUAACUGUGAUAAAAUACUGUAGCUGUUAUUUAUUGUCUUGUGUACCAC